UUGUUUGAGCGACGGAACCAACUCCUUCCACGAGGCCACCGCCGGGCCGCAGACCCUUUCCUUAGCGUUCUCGCACGCCGCUAGCUUUGUCGCUGCAGUUAGCCACGAUGAGCGCUCCUCCUCCUCCUCCGCCGGGCAAUGGCCCAGCGCGCCCGCCCGUCCGUCCGCACAAGCCCACCACUGCGAAUCCCCUGGUGGCGAGGAAGAAACCGCGGCCGAAACCCCAGUUCUCCCGACCACCAUCCAAGGUUCCGGGCAAAGGCCUGGAAGAAAAGCCAAAACCCGUGCUCAAUGACAUGAGCGAUCCCGCCAUGCGGCAGCUGGCGCAGAUUCGGGCGCAGAACGGAGGCUGGACUGAGAAAGCCCCGCCCAACUACAAAGACUUUCCACUUGUGAUGACCAAACGUUCCAUGCUAGAGGGCCUGCGGCACCACAUUAUGCGGCUAAGCAAGAACAAGGGGGACUCGAGCAGGGGGAAAUCAGAUGCCAUCGUGGACAUUACAAACCAGGAUCAGUUCCCGCGCCCCGUCACCCUGCUCCGCCGUGACCCGAGGCUCCCGCCCGCCCAUCGUAUGGUAGUGAAGGAGGAGUCUGCUCCUACGGACCCCGCCGAAGCCGCAGAGUAUGAGCGCGCCCGCCAGCUCAAGGCCGAGAAAGAGGCCCAGCGAGCCCUAGACCAGGCGCAGAUUGCUCCAGUGCUCAAAACAAACGAGCCCAAACCCAAGUCGAACAAGAAGGAGAAGCCGACGGCCUUCUACGGCAGGAACUCGGACGCGCAGAAGAAGGAGUCCAAGAUCCAUUACGAGGAGACGUGGCCGUGGCACCUGGAAGACGCCGAGGGCAAGGCGGGCGUGUGGGUUGGGUCGUAUGUCGCCAGCCUAUCGGAUCUCAACGUUGCCCUCGUGAUAGACGGCGCCCGGUUCCGCAUGAUCCCGCUCGAGAGGUACUACAAGUUUGACGAGAAGCCCAAGUUCGACACCCUCUCGCUGGACGAUGCCGAGAAGAUGAUGUACGAGGUCAAGGAGAUCAAGCGGUGGGUCAUGAAGCAGAAAGAUCAGGAGCAGCUGGAGAGGGAGAAGAACGAGACACGACAGUUCUUGCGCGGGCCCACGCGCGUCAAGACGGAGAGCGAGACAUCGCGCUUGGCCCGACGGACCGAGCGGCAGGACGACUUUGAGCUCGACAUGUCCGGCGACGAGUUCCAGGACGAUGACGAGGCGCCAGGAUUCGAGCGCGACGAGGACGAAGACGCAAAGGAGGCCAAGGAGCGCAUCCGCCGCGAGCAGGUGUCGGCUAACACGUUCGGAGAAGGCGAGGAGGAGAAGGUCGAGCGGGAGGAGCGGGAAAGGCAGCUGGAGAAGCUCAGGGCAAAGAUGAUAGGGAAGCGGACGGUCAAGACGCUGAGGAAGCUCGAACAUGGGCAGGACUACGACGACUUGGAGUCGGGGUCUGACGAGAACAACCCCUUUACUGAAGAAUCGGCCUCGGAUGAGGAGGAGUCAGAAAGGGAGUCGGACAGGGAAGACGAGGAGAGCAAGAAGGCCGGUGCCAAGGACCAAAGCGCCUCCGGAGCUAAUACGAGAGGCAGUACGACGCCGUCCGGGAAGCAGAGGACGGUCGAUGCGCUCAAGAAAGGCAAGUUGAAGCGGCCCGGCUCGCCCAACAUGUCCGAGUCGAGCGACAACGAAGCUAUGCGCAAGAAGAUCAAGACGACGCAGGGAUCAGUCGCCCCGAGCCGCGGGGGUACUCCACUUCCCGGGCGGCCGAAGCCGCCGAGCGGUGCCAUGAGUGAUGGCGAGGCUACCGCCGGCGAAGGAUCGGAUGCCGGCGCGAAGCUCAAGAAGAAGCUCAAGGUGAAGCCGGGAAUGCGGCCGGGCGCCACGCCUUCGGGCUCGAGGGCCGGCAGUCCUGCUCCAGCCGCAAACCGAGCUCCCAAGCCCGGCGGUGCCACACCCAGCGGAUCCCCCCCUCCUGGCGGCCAGGCCCCGGACAUCAUCACGGCCAAGGAGAUCGCCGACGCCCUGGCGCCCUAUGCCAAGGAGGGCAUCAGCCUGUCUAAUCUUAUGAAGAAGUUCCAGGGCCGGGUCAACAAGCCUGGCAACAUCAACACGUCUCAGUGGGUCCAGAUGGUCAAGGCUCACGGCGUGUAUGGGCCGGACAAGCUUCUGCGGCCCAAAGCCGCGCUGAGUGGUAACACUGCGCAGAGCUCGUCGGACAAGCCACAGUCGGGGAGUGCUGCGGGACGUUGAGGUGUCUGGUUAGCCCCGGGUGUUACUCGUUAUCGGCGCUCCUGCAUCCUGGUCGCCGGUGG